GGGAGACCGGAUAUAGUGAAUGCAGAGUCCGGGGAGACCGGAUAUAUUGAAUGCAGGGUCUGGGGAGACCGGAUAUAGUGAAUGCAGGGUCCGGGGAGACCAGAUAUAGUGAAUGCAGGGUCUGGGGAGACCGGAUAUAGUGAAUGCAGGGUCCAGGGAGAGCGGAUAUAGUGAAUGCAGGGGUCCGGGGAGACCGGAUAUAGUGAAUGCAGGGUCCGGGGAGACCGGAUAUAGUGAAUGCAAGGUCCGGGGAGACCAGAUAUAGUGAAUGCAGGGUCCGGGGAGACCGAUAUAGUGAAUGCAGGGUCCGGGGGAGACCGGAUAUAGUGAAUGCGGGGUCCGGGGAGACCGGAUAUAGUGAAUGCAGGGUCCGGGGAGACCGGAUAUAGUGAAUGCAGGGUCCGGGGAGACCGGAUAUAGU